CAGAGUUGCGUGAUGCGACGCUCGGUACGAGACUCUUUAUAGGGCGGAGGCGGGAGGACGGCGCAUAAAAGGGGGUGGAGAUACUGCAGGAGGACAGACGCUGCCUUCUCUUGCCGACAUCCGGCUCAAGAUGAUGCGAUUCGUGCUGUGUGUUCUGCCCUUUGUGGCCUUGAAUUACGUUUCUGCUUCGUCGUCGUCACGUGUUUCUGCUACGUCGUUGUCACACGCAACCACGGAGCCCCAGACGUCACCUCCACCGACGCUCGCUUACACAAUUACUCCUGUCCCUCCCCUUUGCGAACCCACGGAUACCCCUGACGUCUGCCUGAUGAAGAAGACUCAGUGCAGCUUCAUCACGAAGGCCCUUACUCCUCCAGGCGGAUACAUCAAGACUUUCCUCAAGUGUGCGAAGGAGGCCGGCAUCGUUCUUGGGAAUUUCUUCUUCACGAGCAUUGGUGAAGCUUUCAAGAGCGGAGCCCCGGAGACCAUCAGUGAUUUGACCUCUCCUGACCUCAAUGUGGUCAUCGGCAUCCGCCGCUGCGCCAUGAACGCUACAGGCCUGGUGUUCCCCGACAUGAGCCUGGAUCGCAUGGCCAUCGCCAACGCCCUCGUCGUGGCCAGCAACGGAUCUCCCUUGGGCUACGCCGUGGCCGCCGCCUCCGCCUCCUGCUCCCAGCCUCGCUCGUACAGGAUGGCCGACUACUUGAGUUGCCUCAAGCAGAUCUGUGUCAAGAGAGUGGUCCUGCCCACCGAGCCCUCUCCGUCUCCAUCAGACUUCUCCAGCCAGUUCCCCGGCAGCUCUCCCUGAAGCGACAGGAGCGCUCUCAGCCUUCUGUUAACUUGAUCACGGACUUCAAUUGAGAUGGCUCCUGGCAGUACGGCGUCUUCCGAAUUCCAAGCUCUGGACUCUUCCUUUCGACGAUUAGGCAUACUCUGAAAGACUGUUAUACACACACACACACACAUAUACAUAGACACAUAGACACACACACGGUCAAAUAUAUGUGAUAUCUAUACAAGCACACACAUGCAUUCUUGGUAUG